AUGAGUACCAAUUCAAUAUGGGACUUCUCUUGAUUGAGAAAAAAGAGUGGAAUUCUAAGUAUGCUGAACUAAGUCAAUAUUUAGUAGAAGUGAAGGAUGCUCUAGAGCGAGAAAAAGCUGCUCAUUUAAUUGCUCUAUCCGAGGCAGAGAAGCGAGAAGAGAAUCUGAGGAAGGCAUUGGGUGUUGAGAAAAAAGAGUGUGUGCUUGAUCUUGAGAAGGCUCUGCGAGAAAUGCGGUCAGAACAUGCAAAAAUCAAAUUUACAGCAGACUCAAAGUUGGCCGAAGCAAAUGCUUUAGUAGCUAGCAUUGAAGAGAAAUCUUUAGAAGUAGAAGCCAAAUUACGUUCUGCUGAUGCCAAAUUUGCAUAAAUCAGCAGAAAGAGU